CAAAGCAUCGUUAAACACCGAGUUUCGCGGAGCUGAGUCCUGACAUCAUCUCAUUCAGCGCGCGCGCGCGCGCGCGCGCGGGCGGCAGCGGCGGCGGCGGCGGCGGCAGCACAUGGUUCUGAGAGCGCGCUGCGGUUGUGGGGUUCCAAUUCCUCGGGGAGGGACAAAGGCAGCUGUGAGCUCCGGCCAACGCCCGGUUGGGUGGCGCGCUCGCCGCUGCCCUCGUUCGGGUCCUUGAAAACUGGGAUUAACUUCUCUCCGCGAGGAGGAGGCCACGGGACCGAGGCCCGGGAACGGCCUGAGAGGCUAAGGCCGCUGUCUGAGGGAAGUGGGGGAGGGGCGCGGGCCGCCUGAAGUAAUUUGGGCGGGUCAAUUGUGAGGCGUUUCAGGGGCCAGUGUGAGGUAAUUUGCCCCACCACCCUGAGGAAAUUGGGGCGGGACGGCGAGCUGGGUUUGGUCGGGCUUUGAAAAAAAUCGUCAGCGCCUGGGAGUUUUUUCAUUUGGGAAGUGGUGAAGCCGGAACCAGCGCCAUAUGCACUCCACGGACACAUUGAUCGCCGAUUUAGGGUCUAUUUAAGGAAGCUCGCAGCACUGGUGGUGAAGAUAGGGGUGCCUGUUCCGUUUUCUGACAGAAGUGGGUAAAUUUCCGGAUUGGUAAGUUUCCGGAUUGGUAAAUUUCCAGAAGAGGAAAUUUGGAGGAAUAAAAAAGUCUCGGAGAAAAUGAAGAUGGAGGAGUAAUAAACUGCCGACUCAAGGACCCUCUGCUCCAAGACCAUCCACAUUCGACUCAGAUUUUCCGGAUUGAGCUAUCGCAACUUAACGCUAAAAGCUCCUUAGGACUGCAGGUUUAUGAGACCAGUGAAAUAUUUCCAAAAUAUUACGUCAUAGUCAUUGAGAAGAAAAAAAAAGAAGAAAUCGAUUGUAAUUUUAAACAUCUCUUUAAAUAAUAUUUUGGAUAGAUACUAGGUAACCUUGGUUAACUGCCACUAAGGAGCACAGACUUAUUAAACCUUUACUGGAAAGAAUUCUGGAAAAACUAUUCCAUUAUAAGGUUAUAUUUCCCAGUUAGUGGGUAAAAGACUGGAGACCUCCUUGCAGUUAUGGCUUUCACAAAUUACAGCAGUCUGAAUCGAGCUCAGCUAACCUUUGAAUAUCUGCACACAAAUUCAACCACUCAUGAAUUCUUAUUUGGUGCUCUUGCUGAACUGGUUGAUAAUGCAAGAGAUGCUGAUGCCACCAGAAUAGAUAUUUAUGCAGAAAGACGGGAGGACCUUCGAGGAGGGUUUAUGCUUUGCUUUUUGGAUGAUGGAGCAGGAAUGGAUGCGAGUGAUGCUGCCAGUGUGAUCCAGUUUGGGAAGUCGGCCAAGCGAACACCUGAGUCCACCCAGAUUGGGCAGUACGGGAAUGGGUUAAAAUCGGGCUCAAUGCGCAUUGGGAAGGAUUUUAUCCUCUUCACCAAGAAGGAAGACACCAUGACUUGCCUCUUCCUGUCUCGCACCUUUCAUGAGGAAGAAGGCAUUGAUGAAGUGAUAGUCCCAUUGCCUACCUGGAAUGCUCGGACCCGGGAACCUGUCACAGACAAUGUGGAAAAGUUUGCCAUUGAGACAGAACUCAUCUAUAAGUACUCUCCCUUUCGCAAUGAGGAGGAAGUGAUGACCCAGUUUGUGAAGAUUCCCGGGGACAGUGGAACACUGGUGAUCAUCUUCAAUCUCAAACUCAUGGAUAAUGGAGAGCCAGAACUGGACAUAAUCUCAAAUCCAAGAGAUAUCCAGAUGGCAGAGACCUCCCCAGAGGGCACGAAGCCAGAGCGGCGCUCGUUCCGAGCCUAUGCUGCCGUGCUCUAUAUUGAUCCCCGGAUGAGGAUCUUCAUCCAUGGACAUAAGGUGCAGACCAAGAGGCUUUCCUGCUGCUUGUAUAAGCCCAGGAUGUACAAGUACACGUCAAGCCGUUUCAAGACCCGUGCAGAGCAGGAGGUGAAGAAAGCAGAGCACGUAGCGAGGAUUGCUGAAGAGAAGGCCCGGGAGGCGGAGAGCAAAGCUCGGACAUUAGAAGUACGCCUAGGUGGAGACCUCACUCGGGACUCCAGGGUGAUGUUGCGACAGGUCCAGAACACAGCCAUCACCCUGCGCAGAGAAGCUGACGUCAAGAAGAGGAUCAAGGAGGCCAAGCAGCGAGCACUUAAAGAACCUAAGGAACUGAAUUUCAUUUUUGGGGUCAACAUUGAACACCGGGACCUGGAUGGCAUGUUCAUCUACAACUGUAGCCGCCUGAUCAAGAUGUAUGAGAAAGUGGGCCCACAGCUGGAAGGGGGCAUGGCGUGUGGUGGGGUUGUUGGGGUUGUUGAUGUGCCCUACCUAGUCUUGGAGCCUACACACAACAAGCAGGACUUUGCUGAUGCCAAGGAGUACCGACACCUGCUAAGAGCUAUGGGGGAGCACCUGGCACAGUACUGGAAAGACAUUGCCAUUGCUCAGCGGGGAAUCAUCAAGUUCUGGGAUGAGUUUGGCUACCUCUCUGCCAACUGGAACCAGCCCCCAUCCAGUGAGCUGCGUUACAAACGCCGGAGAGCUAUGGAAAUCCCGACCACCAUACAGUGUGAUUUGUGUCUGAAGUGGAGGACCCUCCCCUUCCAGCUGAGUUCUGUGGAAAAAGAUUACCCUGACACUUGGGUUUGCUCCAUGAACCCUGAUCCUGAGCAGGACCGGUGUGAGGCUUCUGAACAGAAGCAGAAGGUUCCCCUGGGGACAUUCAAAAAAGACUUGAAGACACAGGAAGAGAAGCAGAAACAGCUGACAGAGAAAAUUCGCCAGCAGCAGGAGAAGCUAGAGGCCCUUCAGAAAACCACACCCAUCCGUUCCCAAGCUGACCUGAAGAAAUUACCCUUGGAAGUGACCACCAGACCUUCCACUGAGGAACCUGCACGUAGACCUCAGCGUCCUCGAUCACCCCCUUUACCUGCUGUGAUCAGGAACGCCCCAAGCAGACCCCCUUCCCUGCAAGCUCCCAGACCACCCAGCCAGCCCCGAAAGGCUCCUGUCAUUAGCAGCAUCCCAAAGCCCCCUGCUUUGGCAGCCCGGGAGGAGGCCAGUACAUCAAGACUGCUCCAGCCACCUGAGGCACCCCGAAAGCCUGUGAACACACUGGUCAAGACUGCUCCCCGGCCCACCCCUCUGAUGCAGCCACUGUCACCAUCUCUACUGCCCAACUGCAAGAGCACCCGAGAGGUCCCUGCCCCCAAAGUCAUCAAGACUCCAGUAGUCAAGAAGCCGGAGCCACCCACUAAACUCGCCCUGGCUACCCCUGGUCGAAAGCGGAGUCUUGGGGUCUCUGAUGAGGAAGAAGUAGAGGAAGAGGCUGAGAGGAGGAAGGAGAGGUGCAAGAGGGGCAAAUUUGCUGUGAAGGAGGAAAAGAAGGACUUCAAUGAGCUCUCAGACAGUGCUGGGGAAGAGGAUUCCGCUGAGCUCAAGAGGGCUCAGAAAGAUAAAGGGCUGCACGUGGAGGUGCGUGUGAACAGGGAGUGGUACACGGGCCGUGUCACAGCUGUGGAGGUGGGCAAGAAUGUGGUACGGUGGAAGGUGAAAUUUGACUAUGUGCCCACAGACACGACACCAAGAGAUCGCUGGGUGGAGAAAGGCAGUGAGGAUGUGCGGCUGAUGAAGCCCCCUUCUCCGGAGUAUCAGAGCCCUGACACACAGCAGGAGGGCGGGGAGGAGGAAGAGACUGGGGUGGCUAAGCAGGCUGUAGCCAUGGUGGAGCCUUCCACUUCUGACUGCAUCCGCAUUGAACCUGACACUACCGCCCCAGGCACCAACCACGAGACCAUUGACCUGCUCGUCCAGAUCCUUCGGAAUUGUUUACGGUACUUCCUGCCUCCAAGUUUCCCCAUCUCCAAGAAGGAGCUGAGUGCUAUGAACUCAGAUGAGCUAAUAUCAUUUCCUCUGAAAGAGUACUUUAAGCAGUACGAAGUGGGGCUCCAGAACCUGUGCCAUUCCUACCAAAGCCGCGCUGACUCACGGGCCAAAGCUUCUGAGGAAAGCCUGCGCACCUCUGAGAGAAAGCUCCGUGAGACAGAGGAGAAGCUGCAGAAGCUGAGGACCAACAUCGUGGCACUCCUGCAAAAGGUGCAGGAGGACAUAGACAUCAACACAGAUGACGAGCUGGAUGCCUACAUCGAGGAUCUCAUCACCAAGGGGGACUGAGGGUGGGAGCUGGAGAUCAGCUCCCUUGCCCACCUGCCCCUCAACUCAGCAGCUUCAGAGGGUGGGGGAUUCAUUCAUGGGUUGGUGGACUUACCUUGAUUUGACUGACAUGGGACAAUUGUGCUUUUGGAGGGAAAGAUACUCUGAUUCUUUGAAUCUUCCUCCCUAAGUUUAUAAAUAUUUAUUUUUUAAAAGAAAAAA